UAAACUCUCUCAGAAAUGUGCGGAAUAAAAACGGGCAUAAAAUCCAGUGAAACUGCAAAAAAAUUUGGACAAAGAAGCUACAGAUUGCAAAUGCCAUGUUUGUUAAUGAAGCAUCCUCAACUGCCAAUGUUAAUGAAGCAACAAGUAAUGUUUUAUCCCACUUCAAAACAUUACAAUCCAAAAUUCCGAAAAGAAAGAAGAAGAAAAUUUUUGAAGAUUGAUUUACCUGAUUUUGAAAAACACCAAAGAGAAAAAAAAAUGUCACCUGAUGAACUGCGGAUGAAAAUGAAAAAAGAAGGCAAAGUCCCACCUAGAUCCCAUGAGGAACGACCUAUUAAUAUAAGCAGUACAGGUGGAAUUUUUGAAAGUUUUGUUCCUCCUGAAGGUGAUGGUGUAUCAACUUUAAUUUCUUCUGAGGGUGCAAAGCAAAGGUUUAGUGGACUUGAGAAAAAAGGAAAAUCGUUUUUAGAUUUACGGAAAAUCAAGAAAUAUUUGGAAGAAUUUGAUGUAAAAGAUUUUUCUCAACAGGCACAAGAUAUUGUUGUUGAAGCUCAGACACUAUUACAAGACAUCAAGAAAAAUGAAGACCGUUUGCAUGAGCUUGUCACAGAAAGAGCAUAUCCUGAAUUAACACAUGGACUUGAUCUGAAAACUUGUCGCUGGAAAUUUGUUGGUUCCCUUGAACCUCCUCGUGUGGUUCAUGUCCGUGUCACAGAAUUAUUGAGUAAGGAGAACCUUUAUGCUCAGAUUACAAUCCGCUUACACACCCAACAGUGCCUGGCGAUUUACGACCGAUUCGGUCGUCUAAUGUAUGGUAGUGAAAAUCUUGUAAAAGACGUUUUGGAAUAUGUUGUAUUCGAAAAUCACAUAUCAAACAUAUAUGGCCAGUGGAGAAUUCACGGGAAGAUAAUUCCGGAUUGGAUGCCACCUAGAGACCCUAUCCUUCGAACAUAUCAGUUGCCUAAAUUUGAACCCAUUGAAGAGGAUGUAGAAAACAAUGAAGAAAACAAUGAAGGGGAUCCUAAAGAAAAUCAACAGCAACAUGCAACUGUCUAAUCUGAUAGACUUUCAAUUAUUGACAACUUUUUUUUAUGCUUUAAUAAAUAGAAUUUAAUUUAUUACA